UUUUCCUCUGGAUUUAUUUCUGCUCCUCUCACUUUUUAUGAUCAAAUUCUGGAUAUAAAUCGAUGCAUUGAUCCGCAGCUGCACCAGGAAAAGAAGAAAAGGAAGGAAGAGGAAUAAAAAGCAGAAGUGGAUUAAUUUUGAGUUUUUUGUCUCGGGUGAAAUGCAGUGAAGUUGUUUGAGGAGCAGAGGAAGAGGAGGCUGAUGAGGAUAAAAGCGAAACUGAUGAAACUGUGAAGAUGAUUCUCGGUUUUUGCAGCUGAGAGUGAGAAGCAGCGGAGAUGUACGAGGAGAGACACAAAAGUACUGGUCGUAAUGGUUACACCAAUACGAUGGAAGGGGAGGAGGGAGGAGGUGAGGGUGAGGAAGAGGAGGAGGGAGGAGAGGGGGACGGAGGAGGAGAAGGAGGAGGAGAAGAUGGAGAGGUGAAGGACCCAGAAUGGGAUGAAGAGCUGGACGGAGAGGAGGGAACGAUGAGGAUGACGAGGACAGACACACUUCACUCGACCACGAGUUCAACCGGGACCCAGAGGAGGAGAGGGCAGCAUCAUAAAAAACAGGUCCAGGGCAGUAAUCAGGUCCAGAGAGCUCCCAGAGCGUUAUACUGUCUAAAACUCAACAACCCGAUCAGAAGAGCCGCUCUCUCCAUCGUCGAGUGGAAACCGUUUGACAUCUUCAUUCUGUUAGCCAUCUUUGCUAACUGUGUCGCUCUGGGAGUUUCUAAACCGUUUCCUGAAGACGACUCCAACUCCACCAACCACGACCUGGAACAAGUGGAGUACAUCUUCCUCAUCAUCUUCACCAUCGAGACCUUCCUGAAGAUCUUGGCUUACGGUCUGGUGAUGCACCCGAGCUCCUACAUCCGCAACGGCUGGAACUUGCUCGAUUUCGUCAUUGUCAUUGUGGGAUUGUUCAGUGUAGUUUUAGAGACGAUGACUCAUAAAUCCGGUGAGGUUGCGACCACUCAUCAUGUGCCGGGGAAACCUGGAGGUCUGGACGUCAAAGCUCUGCGAGCCUUCAGAGUCCUGCGGCCCCUCAGACUGGUUUCUGGAGUCCCCAGUUUACAGAUUGUGUUGAACUCCAUCAUGAAGGCGAUGGUUCCCCUGCUCCACAUCGCUCUGCUGGUACUCUUCGUCAUCAUCAUCUACGCCAUCAUUGGCCUGGAGCUCUUCAUCGGACGCAUGCACAAGACCUGCUACUACAAAGAAUCAGAUACUUACGUGGAGGAUGACCCGGUGCCAUGUGCGUUCUUGGGUCACGGUCGCCAGUGCAACAUCAACGGUACAGAGUGUCGGGGGAGGUGGGACGGCCCCAACGGAGGCAUCACCAACUUCGACAAUUUCUUCUUUGCCAUGUUGACCGUGUUCCAGUGCAUCACGAUGGAGGGCUGGACCGACGUUCUCUACUGGAUGAAUGAUGCCAUUGGGUUCGAGUUGCCGUGGGUUUACUUCGUCAGUCUGGUGAUAUUCGGGUCAUUCUUUGUUCUCAACCUGGUUCUGGGAGUCCUCAGCGGAGAGUUCAGUAAGGAGAGGGAGAAGGCGAAGGCUCGCGGAGAUUUCCAGAAGCUGAGGGAGAAGCAGCAGAUGGAGGAGGAUCUGUGCGGCUACAUGGACUGGAUCACCCAGGCGGAGGACAUGGACGAACUGGAUGAGGACGGUAACCCACGUCCUUCUCUGGGCGAUCUGUCAGAUAAGAAGAGAGGAAAGUUUGGAUGGUUCAGUCACUCCAAUGACACACACGCGAGUCUUCCUGCCAGUGAAACGGGGUCUGAGAACACGGAAAACAUCGACGAGGAACACACAAACUGCUGCCAGGCCUGCUGCUCCCAGAUGAUGAAGAUUGGUUGCUGUCGGACGUUGCGCCGCUGGAACAGAGUGUGUCGCAGGAACUGUCGCACCGCCGUCAAAUCGGUGACGUUUUAUUGGCUGGUUCUGCUGCUCGUGUUCCUCAACACCUCGCUCAGCGCCUCGGAGCAUUACAACCAGCCCGUCUGGCUCACAGAGGUCCAAGACAUCGCCAACAAGGUGCUCCUGUCUCUGUUCACGGUGGAGAUGCUGCUGAAGAUGUACAGCCUUGGAUUGGCUCAUUACUUCGUGGCGUUCUUCAACCGCUUCGACUGCUUCGUGGUGUGCGGCGGCAUCAUGGAGACGAUCCUGGUGGAGCUGGGCAUCAUGCCGCCGCUCGGGAUCUCCGUGCUGCGCUGCGUCCGCCUGCUCAGGAUCUUCAAGGUCACACGCCAUUGGACGGCUCUCUCUAACCUGGUGGCGUCUCUGCUGAACUCCAUGAAGUCCAUCGCCUCGCUGCUCCUGCUGCUCUUCCUCUUCCUCAUCAUCUUCGCCCUGCUCGGCAUGCAGCUGUUCGGAGGGAAGUUCAACUUCGACGAGACGCAGACCAAACGCAGCACCUUCGACGCUUUCCCGCAGGCGCUGCUCACCUGCUUCCAGAUCCUGACCGGAGAGGACUGGAACAUGGUGAUGUACGACGGCAUCAUGGCAUACGGGGGCCCGGUGUUCCCGGGGAUGAUCGUCUGCGUUUACUUCGUCAUCCUCUUCAUCUGCGGUAACUACAUCCUGCUGAACGUCUUCUUGGCCAUCGCUGUGGACAACCUGGCAGGAGGGGACGGGGACGACAAGAAGAACGAAAAGAAGCCGGAGGGAACGGAGGAGGCUGCAGAAGAGGGGGGAGAAGCAGCAGAAGAGGAAGAAGUGAAGGUGGACAUCGAUGAAGACACCGAGUACGAGGAGGAAGAGGAGCUGCCUGAAGAAGAUGAUGCAGGAGUCCAGUUAAAGAUUGCCGACCUGGCUCCUCCCAAAGAGAAGGUUCAACCGAUCCCAGAAGGCAGUGCGUUCUUCUGCCUCAGCAAGACGAACCCUAUCCGUGUUGGCUGUCACAUUCUGAUCCACCACCACAUCUUCACCAACCUCAUCCUCGUCUUCAUCAUCCUCAGCAGCUGCUCGCUGGCGGCUGAGGAUCCAAUCAGAGCUCACUCCUUCAGGAACAACAUUCUGGGAUAUGCCGACUACGCCUUCACCUCCAUCUUCACUGUGGAGAUUAUGUUUAAGAUGGUGGUGCACGGGGCGUUCCUCCAUCCGGGCUCGUUCUGCAGGAACUGGUUCAACCUGCUGGAUCUUCUGGUGGUCAGCGUGUCGCUCGUCUCCUUCUUCCUGCACUCCAGUGCCAUCUCGGUGGUGAAGAUCCUGCGAGUCCUCCGAGUUCUCCGACCUCUGAGGGCCAUCAACAGAGCCAAAGGACUGAAGCAUGUGGUCCAGUGUGUGUUCGUGGCCAUUAAGACAAUCGGGAACAUCAUGAUCGUCACGACGCUGCUGCAGUUCAUGUUCGCCUGCAUCGGAGUCCAGCUCUUCAAGGGUAAAUUCUAUCGCUGCACAGACGAAGCCAAACACACUCCUGAACAGUGCAAAGGGACCUUCGUGGUGUAUAAAGACGGAGACGUGAACCACCCGAUGGUCAGAGAGAGGAUUUGGCUGAACAGCGACUUUAACUUUGACAACGUGCUGAUGGGGAUGAUGGCGCUCUUCACCGUCUCCACCUUCGAGGGCUGGCCUGCGCUGCUGUAUAAAGCCAUCGAUGCUAACGGGGAGAACUCCGGUCCGAUCUACAACUACCGCGUGGAGAUCUCCAUCUUCUUCAUCGUCUACAUCAUCAUCAUUGCCUUCUUCAUGAUGAACAUCUUCGUGGGUUUCGUCAUCAUCACCUUCAGAGAGCAAGGAGAGCAGGAGUACAAGAACUGCGAGCUCGACAAGAACCAGCGUCAGUGUGUGGAGUACGCUCUGAAGGCUCAGCCGCUGAAGCUGUACAUCCCGAAGAACCCGGUCCAGUACAAGUUCUGGUCCAUCAUCAACUCCACCGGCUUCGAGUACGUCAUGUUCGUCCUCAUCCUGCUCAACACCGUCACCCUGGCUGUCCAGCACUAUGAGCAGUCUAAGACCUUCAGCCACAUCAUGGACAUCCUGAACAUGGUGUUCACUGGUCUCUUCACCGUGGAGAUGCUGCUGAAGCUGUUGGCUCUCAGACUCAGGCAUUACUUUGUGGACGCCUGGAACUCGUUUGAUGCUCUGAUCGUGGUCGGCAGCGUCGUCGACAUCGUGGUCACUGAGUUCAGCAGUGGGGAGGACAGCUCUCGUGUGUCGAUCACCUUCUUCCGUCUGUUUCGAGUCAUGCGAUUGGUCAAGCUGCUGAGUAAAGGCGAGGGGAUCCGGACGCUGCUGUGGACCUUCAUCAAAUCGCUGCAGGCUUUGCCGUACGUCGCUCUGCUCAUCGCCAUGAUCUUCUUCAUUUACGCUGUCAUCGGGAUGCAGACGUUUGGGAAGAUAGCGAUGCAGGAUUACACUCAGAUCAACAGAAACAACAACUUCCAGACGUUUCCUCAGGCUGUUCUCCUCCUCUUCAGGUGUGCUACAGGUGAAGCGUGGCAGGAGAUCAUGCUGGCCAGUCUUCCAGGUAAACGCUGUGACCCCGAGUCAGACUACGAACCAGGAGAAGAGUUCACCUGCGGCAGCAACUUUGCAAUCAUUUAUUUCAUCAGCUUCUUCAUGCUGUGUGCUUUCCUGAUCAUCAACUUGUUCGUCGCUGUCAUCAUGGACAACUUUGACUAUCUGACACGCGAUUGGUCCAUCCUGGGACCCCAUCAUCUGGAUGAGUUUAAGAGGAUCUGGUCUGAAUAUGAUCCAGAGGCCAAGGGCCGUAUAAAACACCUGGAUGUUGUUGCUCUGCUCAGGCGGAUUCAGCCUCCUCUGGGUUUCGGGAAACUCUGUCCUCACAGAGUGGCUUGCAAGCGUCUCGUAGCGAUGAACAUGCCUCUUAACGCUGACGGGAUGGUGACCUUCAACGCCACGCUCUUCGCUCUGGUUCGCACCGCCCUCAAAAUCAAAACUGAAGGUAACCCUGACCAGGAGAACGAGGAGCUGAGGGGAAUCAUCAAGAAGAUCUGGAAGAGGAUGAAACCAAAACUACUGGACGAAGUUAUACCGCCACAUGAAGAAGAGGAAGUGACCGUCGGGAAGUUUUACGCGACCUUCCUGAUUCAGGAUUACUUCCGGAAGUUCAGGAAGAGGAAAGAGAAAGGGGAUCUGACCGCAGAGGCCGACGAAACAAACCCGUCUGCUGUUCAGCUGUGUAAGGCCGGUCUAAAGACCCUGCAGGAUCUGGGUCCGGAGAUGCGCCUGGCUCUGAACGAGGACCUGGAGGAAGACGAUGAAAACAUGAUGGAGGACGAGGAGGAGACCCAGGAGGACGCAGCACAUAAGGGUGAGAACGGUUUGGGACCAGAGAAAGAUCGACGGGGCUCCAUACGACGAGGCUCCCUCCUCACGCCCACUGGUCCUGGUGGUGUGGUCGGAGAAGGCGGCGUAUCUAACGGAGGUCUGGUCCACCGGGUCGGUUCCUUCACUAAGAUGCCGAACGGCAACGAACAUGAGGAACAUCUGCGGCGUGGAGACAACGCGAGGUCGUCGUUCAAUCAGCACCAUCACCGCCGCCCGUCAGCGAAGAACGGCAUGGUGGACCACGGCCACAAGAGACCCUCAUAUCACAAACCCAUGAGGAGGGACUCAAGGGACCGGUACUGGAGGAACGGAGACAUGGAGGGAUACGGAGAGCAAGGAUACUACAGCAGAGAGGAGGACAACGACAGCAUCACCUCCAGAGACAGACAUUACCCUGAUGAGUAUCCUUUGUACAGAGAACACUAUGAUGGCCACGCCCCCUACCCCGACAGUAGCUAUGGUAACGGAUACAACGAUGCCCGGAGGACGACCCGGAGACGACUACUUCCUGCCACACCCACAGGUCGGAAGCCGUCAUUUAACAUCCAGUGUCUGAGGAGGCAGGGCAGUAGUGACGACCUGCCGAUCCCCGGCACCUACCACCCCACCUCACCACCACGCCGUGCACGUGGACAGCACACCGUCAACAAUUACGAGUCCCGUCAAUCCUCCGGUCGCUCAUCGGCGGCAUCCUCAGCGUCCUGGGCUAACCCGUGUCCUCGCCGCGGUCGCCUCCUCUACGCUCCUCUCAUCCUGGUGGAGGAGGAAGGCAGCCCACCGUGGGGAGGAGGAGGAGGAGUAGGAGGGGGAGGAGGAGAGGGAAAGAAGGGAGGAGCAGGAAGAGGUGAGGAGACUCUACCUUAGAACGUGCUAACACUUGGUGUCAACAUCACAGGUGCAACACCCAGACCGGCCUGGUACGGUGGCCCUGCAGGGACAUCAGCUCCUCCUCCGUACAGAGCGUACACCACCCUCAGAGUUCCCUCACAGCUCGGCGCUCAACUCACUGAGAAACGAGGAUCGGCCGACAGUCUGGUGGAGGCGGUUCUGAUCUCCGAGGGUCUCGGCCUCUACGCUCGGGAUCCGAAGUUUGUCGCGUUUGCGAAGCGGGAGAUCGCCGACGCGUGUCACAUGACGGUGGAUGAAAUGGAGUCGGCCGCCAGCGAUCUGCUCGGCUCGGGAAACCCGUCUCUCCUCGCUAACGCCGCCGCCGACCCCGCCAUGCUCUACAGCGACGAGGAGCCAAUCAGGACGGGCCGCGAGGAGGACGAGUUAGCGGACGAGAUGACCUGCGUGACAUCGUUUUGACGGGCUGGCGCUCUGGACCAAUCAGAAAAAAGACUGAGAAAGGCGUCAAGAGAUUGGCAGGACAUUCGACCAAUCAGAGAGUAGGGCGGUGUUCAAUCAAAUGGACAUUUAAUGCGGAGAUUAGAGAGAAAAACGAUGGAAGAUGGCCGCCAGCAGAGUGUGACUCAGCGCUGUUGUGCCGUCAUAAAGACGCAUCUCGUUAGCGCGGGACCGUUAAGAACGUCGCUUGGCUGCACAGAAUCACACUUUACCCACAAUGCAUUAUUUGACUAAUGGUGUUGUCAUUUUACUAUAUGUAAUUCCCGAAAAGUAAUCAGUUUCAUUCGUUUGAAACUGCCUCCUCUGCCUCAAAGAACCAAGCUAGCCAAACACUAUACUAUGUCACUCACUCAGCAGUUUCGGCUUGUGUUGUGGCACUUAUCAGACACACUGUGAUGAUUUGAUUAGUGUUAACAUGAGCAGGAGAUCAGCUAUGCUCCCAGGGCCCUGUGCGUGUGAUAUGAUCUAGCACUGUAAAAGAACGGCUAGUUUUAAGGCUUUAAUUGCAAAAUAAUUAAGUGAGCUGGACAUAUCAAAUGCAGUACACUGUGGAGAUGGCCCUGUGGAAAGUCAAGAAAAUGGUCUCGACACAAAUUGAGGUUGCAUUGAGGAGCAUUAUUUAAUCAUUAGACUAUGAGCUCUACAUGAUGAACUGUUUACAUGGCUAACGAAUAUUCCACGUUUACUGGCUUACUCCAAUUCAAACGCCCCAUGUGUGGUCCUUUUAAAUAGAGUUAAUUUACCUCUUUUUCUAACUGCAGCCAUAUUUCUCCCACCCUUGUUACCGUUUUGCAUAACUGUGUGCUAGCAGUGUGUGUGUAAUUGCUGUAAAAACCCCAAUUAUUCUGAAUGCACUGUAUACAUGUCCAGAGAAAACUCCUAGAACCAGAGUAGUAUUGGCAUAUCUCAAGUCAAAUCCUGAAAUUUGGAAUAUUGUGAAUUCUAGUGAGAUGUCAUAGAUUGAGUGUGAAAUACAAACAAGACACCUUCUAAUGUAAAGUAAGGAUGAAAGUCAACGGGUAACAGUGUGAAUGAAUGCACAGGUGUUCAGCGUGAUUCUGUCAGCUGAGCUUCUAUCGUUCAGAUGUGAGUUUUUAUAUCAGGAUCUCUGAUGUAUUUCAAUGCUGUAAAACGUUAAAUGUGUCGAGCUCUGUGACUCGGAGGAAUAUAUUUCUCAUAUUUUAUUAAUGUGUAUUUUUAUUCUCAUAAAUGAAGGCGUUCAGACGAUGAACUGUAAAAUACUUUUUUGUCUCUUUGUUGUUUUUUUAUUGCAGAAGAGAGUCGUUUGUUCAGUGUGUUCAGAUUUUCUUUUUUAAAUGUUUGAUACUUUUUAUUCUAACAGAAAACUGGAUUUUUGUUUGUUUGUUUGUUUGUUUUAAUUCUGGAUGGCAGACAGUCCGGUGUUGUUUUUGUCUUGUCUGGAUCUUCGUGUUUCCGUCAUCUUUUAGCUUUUCUUUCCAACAUUUCGGAGAGUUUCCCAGCAGUUAAGGGCUUUUCAAUCCCACGCCUGGAUUACCCCAAAAUACAUCUGCAGAUGCCACGUUCAGCCUGAGAAACAGCUCUGUCUGAACCCUCAUUUACCUCAAAUAAAGACUGAAAAAGUUGCGAUUUGUCUCCCCAAUGUUUUUUCAAACCAUGUAU